AUGGUGAGCGGCGGCAGCAUCAAGGAGCAGCAGCACGAGAUGAACAUCUCCUUCGGGAUGAUGAACCACCACCACCACCACCAGCCUCCGUCCUCGUCCUCUUCCUCCUCCAUGCAUGCGGCCGCUGCGAGCUUCAUGAGCGGCAAGGAGGCUUCAGGUGCGUAUGACCAUCUGGGGGAGCUGGACCAGGCGUUGUUCAUGUACCUGGAUCACGGCAGCAGCCAUGGCCAUGGCGGCACGCAGCAAGAGCAAAGGCAGACACUCAACAUCUUCCCUUCCCAGCCCAUGCAUGUGGAGCCGUCGCCGAAGGGGGAGAUUAGUUUAGUCCUGUCCCCGGCGCCGGUGGGAUCCAAGCAGCCUGCUAGGUCACCGGACCAUAACCAUCACGGCCAGCACCAGCAGGCGGCCAUGGAGGAGUUGGCGGGGAGCAGGAGGCAGCAGGAGCACCACCACCUGCAGCACCAACCCUUCGCUGCCGCUGCUGAGCCGGCAGCACCCGGGAUGAUCAAAGAUGUCAAGCCACUGGCCAAGAAGGAUCACAGGAGAGGCACGUCGACCAGUGAACGCGACCCAAAAACACUGAGAAGGCUGGCCCAGAACAGGGAGGCUGCAAGGAAAAGCAGGCUAAGGAAGAAGGCUUACAUCCAGCAACUGGAGUCCAGCAGGAUCAGGCUAGCUCAGCUCGAACAAGAACUGCACACUGCAAGAGCUCAGGGAGUUUUCUUCCCCAACAGCGGCAUCCUCGCUGACCAAGGUGUCGCCGGCAAAGGCGUCCCCAUCGGCGGCAUCGACGGCCUCAGCUCAGAGGCGGCGAUGUUCGACGUGGAGUACGGGCGGUGGCAGGAGGAGCACUACCGGCUGAUGUACGAGCUGCGGGCGGCGCUGCAGCAGCACCUGCCGGAGGGGGAACUGCAGAUGUACGUGGAGAGCUGCCUGGCGCACCACGACGAGAUGGUGGGCAUCAAGGAGGGCGCCAUCAAGGGCGACGUCUUCCACCUCAUCUCCGGCGUCUGGAGGAGCCCCGCCGAGCGCUGCUUCCUCUGGCUCGGCGGAUUCCGCCCCUCCGAGGUCAUCAAGAUGCUGCUGAGCCACGUGGAGCCCCUGACGGAGCAGCAGAUCGUGGGCGUGUACGGGCUGCAGCAGUCGGCGCUGGAGACUGAGGAGGCUCUGAGCCAGGGCCUGGAGGCGCUCUACCAGUCGCUGUCCGACACCGUCGUCUCCGACGCGCUCAGCUGCCCCUCCAACGUCGCCAACUACAUGGGCCAGAUGGCCGCCGCCAUGAACAAGCUCUCCACGCUCGAGGGCUUCGUCAGACAAGCUGAGAACCUUCGGCAGCAGACACUGCACCGGCUGCACCAGAUCCUGACGACGCGGCAGAUGGCGCGGUCGCUGCUGGCCGUGUCGGACUACUUCCACCGCCUCCGCACGCUGAGCUCGCUCUGGGUCACACGUCCCAGGGCGCCGCAGGAGCAGCAGCAGGGCCACAGCUAG